GAAUAGUGAUUAUAUAUUUGUGUCCAUUGGGGGAUUGUUUUGGAUCCGUUCCUUAAACUCAUUUGUUUGGCCUGGAACUGACAAACAGAAAGCAGAGCACAGAGAUCCUGGUUGCUGCCAAGAUCUCCUUGCGUGUACUAUCAUGAGAAUCCAAGACAAACUCCUGGGGAGGUCUCUACCAGUGAGGAGUCAACAGCAGUAGACACGAGGCCCAUAGUGGUUUGGGUUAAAGGUUAACUCAAACCUCAUUAUGAGCAGACCCCACCUGGCUCAACUUCCUGAAUUUGUUCGUCAUUCACCCCAUGCAACGUCUGUGAUCAACGCAUGAACUUCGGGUUGUGAAACAACUGGAACUUUGGAGCAGCGCCCCUUUCACUGUUCCUCCUCCUGUGCCUUCCUUUUUUUUUCUUUUCCCUCACUGUCCCCCCCUCCUUCCCCUGCCAACUCCCCCCAACUCUGAGCUCCUCCUCUGCUGAAAAGACACAUUUCCUGAUGUCAUUACUAAAUCAAAAUUCUGCUCGGCAAACAGAUGUUGUGAGAGGCCCAACAUGUGGAUUCAGUGACAUAAAUUAACAAGUUGGUCGUGAGAAAACAUAAACCAUUCCAUUUUUCAUUCAAUCAAUGAAACCACCUCUCUCACACUGCUCUUUAAAGUGGUGAGGGGAGACAGUGAGAAACUACCUUACAUAUGUAGCACACUCAUGAGCUGCUCAUGACAUAAAACACCUAAAACUUUCCCACACUUGUGGUGGAAAUAUCAGUUAGCUGGCCUUUUAAACAGCUGGUCAGCUCUGACUAAUAACUUCUUCCAGGUUUGGUCAAAUUAACCUAAAUAUGAAAUCAUGGCUGUCUGCACAGAACACCCUGCAGAGUCAUGAUUACAUCCACCCCAAAACGCUAAGCCCUAAAUGUUUACUUAUGUUUCCUAUUUGGCAGAGGCAGCCCAAAAGGCAAAUAAAUGACAUGCUGUGAGCUGGCCAGGCCUUCGACUGUGAGAAACUGAGACUAAAAAGCAGAACAAGAGUUAAAGAGUAAAGGGUUUUCAGAUGUGAGUCCAGCCCAGCUUGGGUGUGCUCCCUUUUAUUUGGGAGAAUGGAGAGGACAAUCUUUGUUGCCUCCACCCCUUUAAAAAAGGAAGAAAAUCCUAAAGAAACGUGUGUUGGAGAGGGGAAGAGCUGCUGCCAAGGCACAGGGCCGUCAGACAGAUCUUCGAAGAACAUCUGGUAACCGCGGGUAACACUGUUUGGACAUCUGGUAACCGAAGGUUACACUGCGUCUCUUCCAUCCUGUCGAGUUUCCUGUUAUGCCUCGCUGUACACAGUCUAAGAAGUUUAGGGUUAUUAUAUAUGGUCACCGGUUGGGGAAAACGUACCUUUAUUCAUUUUUUCUGACAUGAAGGGAGCACUUGGUUUCAUUGGGGUAUUCCUCUCCUUUCUCUGCGAUGCCACUUAUGGAAAGUCUACCUUGAGUCGACCAUUUGCUUGUGGGAAUAAUUCUCACCAUUGUCAGACGUAUUGCGGCAUCUGUUCUGACUUUUAUGGUGCACCAACAAUGGAGUGCCUUUCCUUUAUGCUUGAGGAACUAUGUCUCCUCAAAUUUGAUGAAGCAAUGGCAUCACUAAACAACACUGACUGGUGCACUUGGGGCAAUGUGAGCAUUUUAUAUAGUAACCUAAGCCUUUGCACAGAGGAGAUAUCUGACUGUCUAGUGAUCCCAUGGCCCAACCCACUGGUGGAACAGACCUUUGUGAACAUUCACUCCAGGUUUUUCAAGGAUUGUCCCACAGAGCAGCUAAGCGACCCACCCCCAGUCAUCGUCUUUGCCUUGGUGAUAACUCCCAUCUGUCUGAUCCCUGUCAUGGUUAGCCUCGUGGUGCUUAAGACCAAAAAUGCGGAUGGUAGCUCCUGAAAAUCCUGAAUCUUGGCCUUGCUCACAAUUCCCAAGAAUAUCAUGUUUUUGACCUGCGCUCUCCCGCCUUUCCAAACCUAAGGACUGCUGCGCUUUCAUCCCACCAGUGACCUUGAAGAGGACUGAAUAUUUCUGAGGAAUUCUAAAAUAUUUGCCACAGAGGAACCCUUUUGAGAAGAUGGCACUGAUCUAUGUAAUUAUAAAUUCCUGUACCAUACUGUGACAAAAGUUUGGUUUUCAACCAACCCACUCGAGAUCUGAACAUUUAUCUAGUGGUUACAUCCAAUUAGCAGAUGUUAUUCAGAAAACAAAGUUUGGUUUUCUACUUGAGAACCCAGUAUUCAGGGUUAUGAUGACAAAAGCUCUGGAGCUUGCAAAAGUAAAGUCAAAUGUAUUUGUGUUGACGCUCCUCUACAUGUUGGACAGCAGUUGUGUUGAUAAAAGACAAGGUCAUUUUUUAUUACUGAACUCCUGAACUCUUCUAAUGCAAUUUUAUUUUGCUGCCAAUCAAACUUAACUCUGCAUUGAGCCACCGAUUCAACAAUGUACAAUAUGUAUGCGGAGUACAUGUGCAACCUAAACUGAUUUUAAGUCUGGAUUAGAUAAUAAAAACGUUUGAUCUAGAAAAAGUUAUCUAUAUGUGUAAAGAAAGGACAGGAAAAUGAGUAUGGUGUGAUGCAUGGAUCUGGUUAUGUGUGUCAUAGUGUGUGUAAAGUUUGAGGUCAGAGGUUACAGAUGGGACACAAUGAGAAUGAGAAAGGGAGAUUUCUUUCCUGGUAUUGUCUAUUUUUGGACAGUAAGAAACCCUUUAGCACUUUCUCCUGUCCAAACAACGGCAAUCCUCAUGAUCACACAAUAAGCUAAUUGAAGUAAAGUUUAUCUAACAUCUCCAUCCAGAUCAGACAAAACACCACAGACAGACAGACAGACAAACAAUUGUCUGUGCAGCAUAGCGAUAAACACUGAGCAACGACACAAAGAUAAAAUGUUAUCUUUCACCUGAUUCAUGAUAAUGUAGUUAUGUAUUGUUUAGUCUUGGAUGACGAUAAAGCCAUUGUAAGUGCUUUCAGAUUUGGAAAAAAAUGUGUAUUUAUAUACUGUGUUAUAUUUCUGCCAUUGUCAGGGCUUAGUGGACUUACUGUAUCAUCUGAGUGAUAACACAUUCUGCCUGCUCUGACACCAUUUACUGUAUGUAUUUUGAUAUACUUU